UUCCUCCGUCUUGGCCGCUCUCAGCACCCUCAUCGGAGCAUCACGUAUCCUUGAGGCGCUGGCCCGCGAUGAGCUCUUUGGCGGCUGGAUGUCCUUCUUCGUCACCAAACCAGGCAGCACCAACCCCAUUCGUGCUGUCGUGGCCAGCUGGUUCCUUGUGCAGCUCGUGCUGUUUGUUGGGCAGAUUAACGUCAUUGCGCCCAUUGUGUCGAUGCUGUUUCUGCUCUGCUACGGCGUUGUCAACCUCGCAUGCUUCGUCCAGCGCGUCCAGGCCUCUCCAAACUUCAGGCCGACCUUCCGCUACUUCUCUUGGCACACCGCCCUCUUUGGCGCCAUCGCAUGUGUCGCGGUGAUGUUCUUUGUGCAGCCGAUGUAUGCGGCGGCGUCGUUCCUGCUGAUGAUGCUGCUGUUCAUCUUCCUCAACUACCGCUCCACCCCGGCCAACUGGGGCGAGGUCUCCCAGGCCCUCAUCUACCACCAGGUUCGCAAGUACCUUCUGCGCUUGAAGGACAGUACAAUCUCCGUCAAGUACUGGCGCCCCCAGAUCCUCAUGCUCGUCACCAACCCGCGGAAGCAGUACCAGGCGAUUGGGAUGAUGAACGAGAUUAAGAAGGGCGGGCUGUUUGUGCUGGGCCACAUCCUCGUGCAGCCCUUUUCACGUAACGCCAUCCAUGAAGUGAAGAGCACAAAGGAUGCAUGGCUCACCCUCGCCGGCCUCGAAAAGUGGAAGGCGUUUGUGGACAUCAUCGUCUCCAAUUCUGUGCGCGACGGCGUGCGCUCUCUUCUCGCCUCUUGUGGCCUUGGCGGGAUGCGACCGAACAUCUUGGUGCUUAACUUCAUCCGCGACACCACGCCCUCGGACCAGCUUCUCGAUCGCAUGGCCGCCCAGGCAGAGAAGGCAUCACGCAGCACCUGGAUCCCCCACAUUUCCUCGAGCGAUGUCGACCACUACAGCGCCGUCACAGACGCUUUCCCGCCCAUCCACAACCUGGACAACGAGCAUCGGUCGCCGCCGCUGCUGGAGACGGAGUUUGUCGGCAUCGUGCGCGACGCCCUCCUCAUGGGCAAGAGCAUCAUCAUGACCAGGAACUUUGCAAAGCUUGAGUCGCGGCUGCAGGAGGCGAGUGGGCGGUUCCACCACUACAUUGAUCUGUAUCCGGUCGUCCGCCCAGGCCCCGCCCGCUCCCUCACCUUCGACUUUAUCCUCCAGAUGGCGACUAUUCUGCACAUGGUUGGCCGGUGGCGCAACCACCGCAUCCGCGUGUUUGCCAUUGUCGAUCCAGGCACAGACAUUGAUGCCGAGGAAACAAGGCUGCAAGGCGUGCUUGAGGAUGUGCGCAUCAUGCACGCGGAAGUGAAGAUGAUUACGUAUGUGCCGCAGAAGGGCGAGGGCAAGUCGUUCUUCAACGCAUCCACGCGCGAGCAGUUUUCCUUUGUCAACCGCACCAUCCUCACCAACAGCACCAAGACCUCGGCCGUGUUCUCGUAUCUGCCGUCGCCACCAGAGCGCCCGCCCGAGGCAUACCGCACAGACGAUGAUGAUGACGACGACGAUGACAACGACAGCGUCCGAGGCGGCCGCCGCCACCACCACCACCACCAGCAUGCCAGCACGCCCACGGCACGCGACCACCUGCAGCGCAUCCGCGACUACCUGGAGGACAUUGACGUUCUCACCCGUGACACGCCGCCCAUUUGCCUGUUCCAUGGUGUGGAGCCUGUGGUGACUCCAAACGCAUCCUCUGUCUGAGCCUCUUGAGCUGCGUACACCCUGCGUGCACGUGGUGCUGUUUUGCCUGUAGUAUGUUUGAUUCGUGUAUCUUGCUUGCUUGCUUGCAAGCUGGAUGCGGCGUCCCUGCUCUGCCCUCCUGUGCCUUGACGUCUCCGGGUUUCCUUCUUCCUCCCUUCUUGCCUACUCGCCACACACCACCACCACCACAACAACAACAACCCACCCAUGCCGUUGUUUCGUGUGUGCGUGUGUGUGUGUUGUGCUCUGCUCGAGUGUUCCGUUUCCUUGUCUCCUUGUCUCCUUGUCUCUUUGUCUCCUUGUCUCCUUGUCGCUGUGCUUUCGUUUUGGUAGGGUCGUCUUUUCCAAAUCUGUGUUGCCUUUGCGCUCGUCAGCUGGUUCUCUUUUGUGUUGUCAUGUGUGCAGAAACAAGCAAGCAAGCAAACGAAAAACAGCCAUCAACAGCA